UCUAUGUAAAAAUAUCGAAAAAUCGUCAACAAAAGUGGCUUGCCAAUAUACGACGUGCAGAUCUGAACGAAGCUCAAGUGCGCAAGGCAAACAGUUAUUUGAAAGUCUGUUCUGAUCGUUUUGGAAGCGCUAAACGUGUAUUUCUAGUGUCGGAAUAUCGGACUUCACGGAAGUCUUUCAGAUCCUUUGAAAGUGUACGGAUCGAUAUCGUCACAGAGUUUGAUCUUCUGUACAUAUCUAGCUUUGGCGACAUCGUCGAGUGAAUUCAAGUUGGCGGGAAACGUGUCUGUAGAUGUUGCCCUGGUGAUGUCUGCAACGCCGAGCUUGUCUGUAAAAAUGAUCACGUGAUUGCAACCCAAGAAUAAUGGGGAGCCCCCCCCCCCCCCCCCUCAAAGAAAACCGACAAAAUGUUCAAAACUGCAUUCCUGACUUUUUGUCAUCAAAGAAAUCUUCCCAUUCAGGAAAGUUCCAAAUGUGUUUGUUUGUAAGUCUUCAUCCGGAGCUGUUCCGACGUCGUCCGAGGGGGACGGUGUAACGAGCUUCCCAGAAGAAUGGAGAGCAACGGCUCCUUCCCGCCUUUGGUAGCUGCGGCUAAAAAGCAAAGCGUGGAGAGUCUCUGGCCAAACAAGACGCAGUCAUCGCUAACAGCCAGCCAUUUAUUUAUUGAUUAAAAAACAUUUCGGGAGCCUAAAAGCUGAUAGCGGGGGUCACCGUUUGUGCGGACGCGCAGCGGAUCUCAGUCCUCGAGUCGACGUGGCUACCUCCCCGUUUGAUCGACGGAUGUCCGGGAAGACGCUUUUUCAGUCUCCUGAGCCCGAGUUGACCUCUGAACCCGCGGUCCGCAGAAGAGAGAAGAGGAACGUGAGCGCGGUACCUGACGCUAAGCCUCUUAGGCCAGCUAAGUCCGCCGACUUAAUCCCGCUCCCCCUGCGCGAGAAGCCGGCGAGCUCCCGCUUUGCCGUUUCUCCCAUCAUGGACGAGCUUCUGCUGGGCGGCGGCGGCGGCGGCGAGGAGGACGCUCGGUCUGAACGCUCGUCGUGCGGGGCCGGAGACGGAGGAGGGAGGGCGAAGCGUCUGGAAUCCUUCGUCCGCGCCACCUUCGGCCGAGACGUCCGCCCGGCGCUGCGGAACUUCGCCAAGCGGAGCGGCCUCCUGACGCUGUCGGUGGUGGCCGUGCUGACCGGCUGCACGCUGGGCUUCGUGCUGAGGGGGACGCAACUCUCCACGCAGGCCAAGAUCUACUUCUCGUUCCCGGGGGAACUCCUCAUGAGGAUGCUGAAGAUGCUCAUCCUGCCGCUCAUCACGUCCAGCUUGAUGUCGGGCCUGUCGUCGAUGGAGUCUCGGGCGUGCUGCCGCAUGGGCGUGCUGACGGUGACGUACUACCUGUGGACGACGUUCAUGGCGGUGGUGGUGGGCAUCGUGCUGGUGGUCAUCAUCAAGCCCGGCGCGGGCACCGACAUGGAGAGCAACCGGCUGGGCGGCGGGCCCGUCAUGACCUCGGCCGACGCCCUCCUGGACCUCAUCAGGAACAUGGUCCCGUCCAAUCUGAUCGAGGCGACGUUCCAGCAGUACAAGACGGACCUGGUGCAAAUCCUGAAGGUGCCCGCCAGGUCGGUGACCCCCAACUUCGUGUACGUGGUGCCCGGGGAGGGCGACGGCAAAGGACGGACGGUUUUGCUGGAGUUGACGCCGCCGCCGGAGGUGACGUACAAGACCGGCCCGGGAAGCAGCCAACAGAUGAACGUGCUCGGCAUCGUCAUCUUCUCGGCCACGAUGGGCUUGUUGCUGGGCAGGAUGGGCGAGCGCGGCGCGCCGCUCGUCAACGUUUGCCAGUGCAUCAACGAGUGCGUCAUGAAGAUCAUCAACGCCGCCGUGUGGUACUUCCCGUUCGGGAUCGUCUUCCUGGUGGCCGGGAAGAUCCUGGACAUGCAGGACCCGAGCACUUUGGGCCGGAAGUUGGGCUGGUACGGCGUCACCGUCCUGGCCGGCCUCUUCGUGCACGGUCUGGUUCUGCUGCCCCUCUUCUACUUCCUGCUGACCCGGAAGAACCCGUUCACGUUCAUCCGCGGGCUGCUGCAGGCCUUGGUCAUCGCCCUGGCGACCUCGUCCAGCUCGGCCACGUUGCCCAUCACCAUGAAGUGUCUCCUGGAGCGGUGCCACGUGGACCGGCAGAUCGCCCGCUUCGUGCUGCCCGUGGGCGCCACCAUCAACAUGGACGGGACCGCCCUCUACGAGGCCGUGGCCGCCAUCUUCAUCGCGCAGGUCAACGACUACGAGCUGGACUUCGGGCAGCUGGUCACCAUCAGCAUCACCGCCACGGCGGCCAGCAUCGGCGCGGCCGGCAUCCCUCAGGCUGGCCUGGUUACCAUGGUGAUCGUGCUGACCUCCGUGGGACUGCCCCCCGACGACAUCACGCUCAUCGUGGCCAUCGAUUGGAUCCUGGACCGCUUUCGCACGAUGGUCAACGUGCUGGGCGACGCCUUGGCCGCGGGCAUCAUCGCCCACCUGUGUCGCAAGGACUUCCCCCUGGGCGGUGAGGGAAAGGCGUUCCCAUCGUACGGCACGCACGACGUGCCCAUGACCCACGUGCACACGCACAAAGACGGCGACGCGGCGCACACCGUCUACUACAACAUCUGCCAAGUGUGAGCCGCCGCUAACCAGCUGACUGUCGCCACGACGACGGGUCGCUAAGGAACUUCGGACUGCUGCCGUUUUUUUUUUUUUUUUUUUUGGACUCUAUUCCACCCGACCACCAUGUAGCCUAAGCGAUCUUCAGGUGCGCGUGAGACCGCGCGCUGGCGUGCGGUCUCACGCUUCCUGCCAAGUUCUGGUCUUUUACUUCCUGUUUCCUAUCGGAACGUCACCAUGGCAACAGCGCUCCCUUGACUUUGACGUCGCUCGGACUUUCGGUGUGAAAGGAACUGCCUUAAUUUUCACGUCUUCUGAGUGCCAAUUUUCAACUCAUGCUAACUUUUUCUAUAUUUAUAAGGUUAUAGUAGUGAUGAAAUAAAAACUGUAC